AUGCCGACGAUCGACGACGUGAACGAGGCUGCCGGCGUCGUGAAAGAGACGUACACGACCGUGAUGGCCGAGAUGGCCGCCGCGGACGACGAGCUGAAGAGGAAGCGCGACGCGCUCGAGGCCGAGAAGCAGAGCAUGAAGGGCGCGCACGACGUCCAAAAGUCAAAGAUAAAACUUAUCGUCGGAGGCGCGACCUUCGUGACGUCGCUCUCGACGCUAACGUCGAUCCCGGGCAACUUCUUCGCGGCGAUGUUCUCCGGAAACUACGAGAUGCUCCCGGACGACGACGACGGCUCGUACUUCAUCGACCGCGACGGGACGCACUUCCGUCAUAUCCUCAACUUUCUUCGCGAGCCAGACUCCACGUCCAAUAAGACGUGCUACAACGGUCUGACCAAGUCGGAAAAGUCCGAGCUCGACAAAGAGCUUCAGUUCUACGGACUCUACGACAGGUUCCACAGCAAGGAUUGGAAAUUCAGGGAACUGAGCCGCGAGGAAGCCAUCGCGGUGAAGUUCCUCGAGAACGCGCUCGAGAAAGACGAAGGGUACCCUUGCGAUAAGGCUGCGAUCGAGUCGGCGGUUUCUUUCGCUCGAGCACUGAGCUUCACGAUGUGCGGCGACCUCCUUAAGAGUUCGUACACCAACAGACACUGGAUGAUCACCGAGGAUAUCAUCGAGGGCGCCCCAGUGUGGAAGACGACGUUCGGGGACUGCGAUACACUUUUGAUGUAUCGUAAGAGUCCUUACAACUACUGCGUGCAUCUUUCUGUAACCAAUUGGGAACUCAUUUGGAACAGGGCACCGCGUGCGCACACUCCCGUCGCUCCCACCGAAGUGCCAGUGGAUUCAUGGAGAAGCGGUAAGACCGCGACGGAUGCUACCUACCAUCACUGCUUCGGAGGCGAUGCUCGGCUGAUCCCACAAAUACGCUUCAUCGACGUCGAAAAGCUCCCUGACGACUACCCGGUGAUGCAAAAGGCGCUCGCGCGUCUCGCGGAGCUCGCGUGA